AAAGGCGGCGGGGCCGGGCAAGACUACACUUCCCACCGCGCACCGCUCUGCCGGCGCCCUCGCGCCCGUCGGCUGUAAACAAACAGGGCGGCGAGUGAUGGCGAAGGCCGCGGGCGGUCCUGAGGUGUCCUGAGUGUCGGCUGUCUGUCCGCCGGCGCUGCGGACGGGCGGCGGCUCUGCCGGGCUCGGGCUGCGGCGCGGCGGACUCGUGGCGGCACACAUGGAUGACAGCAAGGUGGUUGGAGGCAAGGUAAAGAAACCAGGCAAACGAGGUCGUAAACCGGCCAAAAUAGAUCUGAAGGCAAAACUUGAAAGAAGUCGUCAGAGUGCAAGAGAGUGCAGGGCCAGGAAGAAGCUGAGGUACCAGUACCUGGAGGAACUGGUUUCAAGCAGAGAGCGAGCCAUCUGCGCUCUCAGAGAAGAGCUUGAAAUGUACAAGCAGUGGUGCAUGGCAAUGGACCAAGGGAAAAUCCCCUCUGAAAUAAAAGCCCUGCUAACUGGAGAGGAGCAAGGCAAAGCACAGCAGAACUCAACCAAACUUGCUAAGGCUGGGAAGACAGAAGCAAACAGCAGCAAUCCCUUCUUCCCCUGUGAUGCAUCACUGACAGGAGGCCAAUGCAGAACCUUCCACACUGCAGCAGAGAUACCUCGGUAACUCACAGAAGAAUGCUGUUUUGAGAAGCGGAUGCAUCCCCAGGUGCAGGGGCAAGGAUCCCAGUCUGCUGUCUUCUCUUUGCUCCUCCCCACAUGAAACUCUUUGAUGGUGUUCCUAAGGCUGUGUGGAGUGGGGCUUUUGGGGUAGUAGGUGUUUGUGUAAGUGGAGCAUUGUUCUUUCUUUCGCUACACCACCCUCCCCAAAUACAGCUAUGGCAGCUUUUGGGAAUUCCUGUUAUGAAAUGGGGGCUGCUUUUAUAUCAGAGCCCAGAAUUAGACUGGUUUUGGUUUUGGUAGUUAUGUGGUUGUUAACCACUGUGGGAGUCUGGGAGGUUCUGUAAAGUAAAAGCAAGAGAAGGAUCUCAUAACAACUUUGCUAAAGCCAAACAGAGUACUGUAGGUCAGGGAGAAGGAAAUGAAUCAAAAGCUUUCAGUAAGAAGGUUUAUAGCGAUGUAAUUUGUAACCUAAAUGAAGAUGUUGCUCUCAGCAUCCUUCUGUAAUCCAGCAUGUCUUAUAUGUGAUAGGGAUUCUUCAAGAGAGGUACUAGAUAUAUUACCUACUUCUGCCCAUACUUCUUUCACUGAAUAUAUUUUCUACUCUCAUGCUUCUGGUAGGAUAGUCAAAGCAUGUCCCUGCAUCUUGCUUCCAGACAUUCCCUCUCACCCAUUGGGCCCUGCUAUCUUUCUGUAUCUUUCUGUAGCUCCCUACAUUUUGGGCCCUAGUACUUUCCUGGACAGCAACUUAAAAUGGGUUCUGCUGCAUUGUCCUGGUUUCCCAGACAAAGAUAAUGCCAAGAACUGGUAGCAAGGAAACCAAGUGGCAUCAGUUUUAUAAGAAAGGUAAUGGCAAAACUCUCGUGGGCUGAUUUACUCAUACUGGUUAUUUACGGAUAACCCGCCACUUUCUUCAGACUGCUCUUUCUCCUGGAUAUGCUUUUUAUAUUCAUAUGAUGUAACAUGGAGAGUGGAGCUCUCUGGAUUUUCAGUGGGGGUUUGGCUUGCUUAUUCUGUUUUGUUUAUGGCAGUGUCUUUCUCUGUAUUUUAUGAAAUGCAUGGAACGUUUUUUAAUCUUAUGUUUUCUUCAUUGUUUCAUAGAAUAAAUAUUAUAAUGAAUGACUUUGCUAGACUGAAUGUUGCCUUCUUUUUAUUGAACUAAUUAGGUCUGUUUAGCGUUACCUCAAUUCAAGAUGAGUUGAAAGCACUGAAAAUAAUUUCAGUGUACAGCACAAUUGUUUUCAGAAUUCCAUUCUAAGCACUUAUAUAUUGAACCUUAAGGCAUGGUUUUAAGUUUAUUCUUUAGACCCUCCAAGCAUGCACUUAGUUAACAAUCGCUAUAAAUGUUGCACAGAUACAGGAAACUAUUAUGAAAGGUUAAGUAAUAUUGAAGUACAGAUGGGGAGGAUAUGGGGGUUCAGGUUUUGUUGUCCAUGUCCUGACCCCGGUCAUCCACCCCGUGGUGUUUGAAGUUUGGAACUGCAGUUUGUCCUGAAAGAUAGCAAUAAAGCCAGCAUGUAAGUUUGGGGAUUUUUGUCUGUACUGAAUGCUUGCAUGUCCAUUUUCUGGAGGAAGAAAAAUCCUAGGCCAAAUGUUCAGAACUAUACUCUGUGAACCUUGUAGCUGGAUUUUGUAACACGAUCAUACCAGAAGUGUAAUGUAUUACUUGGGGCUAGAGUUAGUCUUGCACAGUCUACUUUCAGAUGUAAACAAUGUAUUGUACUUAAACAUAUAUUUCAAAUUUUA